AUGAAUCUCAAACUCGUUUUCCUCUUCCUCUUCGUGACGCUUCUGAAAGACGUCAUUGCAUACCCAAUUUACCAGACUAACGGCGACCUGGAUCCCACCUUUGAGACGGAUAUACGUGAUACCCAUCUCAUCUACGACUAUGAUGCAACAGAUUCGGACGGGAACCCAGAGAAGUGGCGUUAUGAAAUCUGGUUCUUUUCCGAAGACCGCGUUGUCUACGCCAUCCACGGCGGUCCUAUGGCCGGCCGCAAAAACUACCAAACCGCCUCCUACCAAUGCGUGCGAAUUGGCGAGGUCUGGCAGAUCAACUGGCUCGAGGAAACCGGCACCAUUGUUUCCCUAGUCUAUGAUAUCAAGGGCCAGACGAUUAGCGGUCUCUUGGGCUUCUCUCAGGGACACUGGGAAAAUGCCGAAUCUGCGCAUGGCGACAAGAGGAACCCCGAGGACUUUGCACGCUGGAGGACUUUGGCAAAGAUUGGAAUCCAGACGGAUAGGUUUAUGUUGACGGAGAAGGCCAAUAUCUUGGAGCAGUUCAAGGGCCAGGGUGAGUUGGACACGAUUGACCCAACGGGACCAACCUUUUAA